GGCUGCGCACUGACGCAGCCCUAGUUUGAGAGGGAAAAUGUAUCGUUUGCGCUCAAAGUCUUACACCGGAAUCGCUUUUAAUACUUUCCUAUUUACUGUGCCGCUGGAACAUUCUCAACUGAAAAUACAUUAUAAUAAAAACUGGUCGUGUAUCGGCUGAUUUUAGGAGCGGAACUACGCGUUUAAGCAAGAUGCCACGAGGCAAGGAAAGGAGCGGCAGAGGGGGACAGCAGGGAAAUGUCCAGCCGUUCAGUGAUGAAGAUGCGUCCAUCGAGACCCUCAGUCACUGUAGCAGCCUCAGUGACAGAACCAGUUUGGCUGAGGAAGCUGGUGAAACUGAAGAAACUGCUCAAGAGGACUUCCAGUACAAACUGAAGGCGUACAUUGACAGCACUGUGGAUAAGAGUGCCAAGACCAGGCAAAGUGCCCUUGAUGGACUAAAGACUGCCAUGGCAAACAAAAUCCUGUAUGAGUUUAUUUCAGAGAGAAGGAUGACCAUCACAGAUGGCAUUGAGCGCUGCUUAAAAAAAGGUAAAGGAGUAGAACAAUGUGCCGCAGCCUCGCUGGCGUGUCUCCUGUGCAUCCAGCUUGGUUCUGGAAUCGAGAGCGAAGAGGUUUUUAAGGCCCUUAAACCUGUAUUCAAGACCAUUCUCAACGAUGGAGCAGCUAACAUCCAAGCCAGACAAGCUUGUGCAACAAGUCUAGGCCUGUGCACUCUUGUAGCAGAAGAUGAUAUCAUGGAUGUGUAUGCAACUAUGGAGUGUUUUGAGAGUCUCUUUACCCAUUCAUAUUUCCGGGAAGAUGGAAGCCGACCUUCUGUAAGCCCUCAAACCACACAACUCCACAUCAAUGCUCUCUUGUCCUGGGCGCUGUUGCUUACCAUCUGUACUGGCAGCCACAUCCGAGCUAUCAUGCAAAAGCAUCUGGCUAAAUUGCCGCGACUGCUGGAGAAUGAUGACGUUAACAUGAGGAUUGCCGCUGGAGAGACCAUCGCCCUUCUGUUUGAGCUGAUCAGAGAUGUUGACCCGGAGAUUGAAUUUGAUGACUGGGAGCCAUUGUGUGAAAAGCUGAGUGCUCUGGCCACCGACUGCAACAAACACCGAGCCAAGACUGAUAAGAGAAAGCAAAGAUCUGUCUUCAGAGAUGUCCUAAAAGCAGUAGAGGAAGGAGGUUUUCAAUCCGAGACUAUCCGGUUUGGCACAGAGCGAAUGGUCAUUGACAGCUGGGUGAGAAAGAGGACUUAUGAUGCAUUCAGAGAGUUUGUUGGGUCUGGGAUGAAUUACCACUUGCAGGCAAACGAGUUCAUAAGGGACGUGUUUGAACUGGGACCACCGAUGUUGAUUGAUUCUGCUUCUCUGAAAGCUAUGAAGACUUCAAGGCUGGAGAGGCACCUCUACAAUGCAGCUGCGUUCAAAGCUCGAACUAAGGCCAGAAACAAGUUUCGGGACAAAAGGAUUGACGUUGGCGAGUUCUAGGUUGUAUUUGUAAUGCAUUUUUUUUUCUUGUGCAUAUACUCCUUUUUAUUCUUUGCAUUCCUAACUCAAGUUACUAGUCAGAUUUUGUUUUUUUUUUACAUAUAUACAGUAAAUAUAAAAUGUAAUAUUUGCUUACUAUAAACUCAUUCUACCAAGACUCUUAAUUUAUGUCUAUAUUUAAGUGGUAUUGGGUUUACUAGAACACAUCAGAUCAUGUUGUGUUUUUUUUUUUUUUUUUUUUUUUUUUCUUUUUCUUCAUCUUUGUGUACUUGUGGGUUCUGUAAUGUUAUGAAUUGCAUAGUAUAUCUGUGUAUGUUAAUGUCAGGAUCUGUACUGUAGUGACAAGGUUGUGCAUUAAAAAUAAAAUUAAAGUUGAUGCCACUCUUUAAGUGUGCUGGUUUGUGUUCUUUAGUAUCAGCCGAAGAUGCAGAUAACUAAUUUUAAUAAGACCAUAAACCUUGGACAUCCUAAACCACCUCCACACAAACACCCCUACACAGCACUUCCUGGAAUCUGCUGCCUUGUUUGCUUCAUUCACAGUUGCCUUGGAGACCAAUUCACUAAAGCUGAUACAGUUGCGAUAGACCAUUUGAUGUUUUAUAGCUGAGCAUGUACUUCCUGUCAGUGCUGUAAUGAGGACACCAUUUCACUCCAAACACUUUCCCAUGAGUAUGAUUUUUAAGUUUUUUUUUUUUUUUUUUUUUUUUUUUUACUUUUUAUAGUCAAUUGUUUUUAUACAGACCACCAAAAUUAGACUGUGUACAGUGUUGCAUAUAUUCCAAAUUACAUCUAUUGUUGUAAUCAGGGUGAUGUUCUCAAACAUACAGAACAUUUUGGUCUGAAGCAUGUAGGAUAUGAGUAGCAGUCUGCUACAUUGCGUGUUUUUUUUUUUUUUUUUUUUUU